AUGGUGGCGGUCACCCAGGUCUCGUCGAUCAACAACUUCUUCGAGCUCUCAGCGGGCUCCCUUCGAAUCUUCCAAAGGGCCGUGCAGUGCAUCGCCAAACUGGGCAGGGAUGCCGCGGUGAUCUUCCGCCCAGAGGAGCUGGUGAUCCAUGGUGCCGAUGAUGGCCACUCCGCCGCAUCGCAAUUCGCCUUUCGGCGCAGCUUCUUCCGAUGCACGCCGCGUUCGGAGGCCUCACAGAUCCAUCAGGAGAAGCGUGUGGUGGUGCAGGCACGUGGUCUAGCAGUGGCCUUGCGUGGCUCGCAGCAGCGGACGGCGGAGGGCCUUCUUAUCGGCCUGGUCCAGAAUCGCCUGGUCCUGGAGUUCAUGCCUCGCCACGGUGGGAAGGUUCGGCACAAAGUCCCUCUGCUCGACACAUCGGCCCAUGGCUCGGGUGGCUCGGGAAGGAAGGAGGGAGUGGUCCGUACUGCUCGCUCGUUGCAGCCCUUCUUGCCGGGUGAGCCUCCUGCCGGCCCCCAUGCUGCUGCCAGCCUCCCAGCGCCGGAGCCGGAGCGGGAGCGCGACGCGGGGUGGUUCGCCUCAGCGUCCCUGGGCGCAGCAGCUGCGAGGAGGUCAUCGUUUGUGCAGCUCCUCCGCAAGGCCUUCGAGAAAGCAGCAGAUCUCGUGAGAAACUACGCGAUGACAAGCACCGUCUACCAGAGCCUCGAAGACGGCCGAGACUGGGAGAAGACGUCGGUGAGCUCCAUGUCCAAGGUGGCAAGACUCAUCAUGAGUUCUGCAGAUCCCUCCACUGUUGUGGCCGUGGGAUUCCGACUCGAGGUUUUUGCCAGCGUGGAUGCUGGAGGAAGCUGGCAGGAGGUCGUACAUCCGCCUGGAAUCCGACUGUCCUUCAUGUUCCACCCGACGCGAGCCUCCUGGGCUCUGCUGUCAGUCUGGACGGAAGACUGCAAGCUGAAAAACCCCGGAGCUCCUUGUACCCACAAGCUGCUGGUCACCGAGGACCUUGGCAAGGGUGCUCUGAAACCGGUCUCCGAACACGUGGUGCAAUUCAGCUGGGGCAGAAAAGUGCACGCGGAUCGCAUCUUUUACACCCACAUCAGGGACAAGAGCAAGAGACAGAACGUCUUGAGCAAGUGGAUGCAGGGGGUGGACUUCGUCUCCAGCGACGAUCUUGGUCAUAGCAAAACUACGCUGGUCCAGGGUGGGAACAAGUUCGUGAUCUCCGAGCAGUACAUCUUAGUAGCGCAGGUCAAGGAUGUAACCGCGCAGACCGUGAACCUCAAGGUUAGCACCGAUGGCUCGACCUUCCAGCAGGCCGCGUUGCCUACCGAGUUGGAGGAGAAGUCCUACACGGUGCUCGAUGCAUCCGAGGGGAUGGUCGUGCUGCACGUGAACCACGGGAACGGCCUUGGAAACAUCUACGUUUCGGAUGAGUCGGGCACCGGCUACGUCUUGUCCUUGGAGCACAAUGUGGGGCUGCAAGGCCACGCAGCCUUCGAAAAGGUCACGAACUUGAACGGCAUCUACUUUGCCAACGUUUGGGCGGCCACAGAGAAGUCGGCAGGCAACAUCGACCCGGCCGCCUCGCACGAAUGGCUUGAUCACGCCGACUACCAGCUUGGUGACGACUCGACACAGGCCCAGGCUGAGCGCUCCAUUCGCUACCUGAAGGCGCGCUCGACAGAAGCGACUGCACGGCGGUUGCACCGCCGGCUGGCCUCCAACAGCUCCAUGUCCAUCCGGAGUCGGAUCUCCUUCGACGCCGGCGGGAACUGGCGACCUCUGCGGCCUCCCAGCAAGGACUCUUCGGGAGGCAACAUCUCCUGUCAGCCAGGGCUCUGCGCCCUUCACCUCCAUGAUGCGACCUUCCAAGACAAGUUCGUCCCCUUCUAUUCCUACGACAAGGCAGUUGGAAUCAUCAUGGGCGUCGGGAACGUUGGGCCGCAGCUCAGCUUCGAGCCCAAGGAUGCCAACACUUACCUGUCGAGGGAUGGUGGGUACCUCUGGCAGGAGGUGAAGAAGGGAGUGCACAUCUACGAAUUCGGGAAUCAUGGGGCUGUGCUGGUCAUGGCUGACAUCCUUGCCGAGACGGACGAAAUCAUCUACUCUCUGGACGAGGGCAACUCGUGGAGAACAGUCCAUCUGAGCACCAAGAUGAACGUGACCAACAUCCUCAUCGAGCCACGCGCGAUCUCCACGAAAUUCCUUGCCUAUGGGACCGUGGGAGGUGCUGGUGUCGUGCAAUUUCUGGACUUCGACGCGAUGGGAUGGUUGCCAUGCAAGAACCCCGCAGAGCCUGGCAGCCAGUCGGACUACGAAGUGUGGUCGCCUGAGUUUGGCGGUAUCUGCCUGAUGGGAAUGAAGAAAACCUACGUGCGACGCAAGCCCCUCUCGGAGUGCUUCAAUCGCCGGGAAGUGAAGCUGCCGAUGAUUUCGGUGCCAUGCCCCUGCAAUCGAGAUGACUUCGAGUGCAACGUGGGUUUCGAGCUGGCCCUGGACUCCAGAAACUGCGUGAAAUCUUCGAUGCCACUGGUGGGCUCCGCGGGCCCAGCAGAAGAGACAGAAGCAGCAGAGUGCAGGUUCAGAGACACCUAUUCCGUGGAGAUGUAUCGGCGGAUACCUGGCAAUGGCUGUGUCGGCGGCUUCGUUCCGCCAAGGUUCGAGGCGAAGUGUCCGCAGGGGAGCAACGAGGCAGCCGGUGCCGGUGCCGGCUGGUCCUUGACGAGGCUGGUGCUCCUUGUCCUGGCUGUGGCCGUCGUGGUCUACGUGGCGAGGUCCGAGCGAUUCCAAGAUUGGAGCUUCCCGGCAUUCCUCGCUACCGUGCUCCUUCAAUCGCUCGAUUCUGAGAGAGAGAAAGCCGUGAUCCAACCGCCGACACGCGGGUGCCGAGCACUCGCGAAGAGCGCAUCAGCACCGAAGAGCGCAUCACCACUCCCUCUAUGCCGUGCAGAGCCUGACACGGAGAGCUGA